AGAAUGACAGUCUGCAGAAGUGAGCCGAGCGUGUGCAAGGUACCGGGCUCUCCUGCCUCCUGGGCUCCAUCGCAGCUCUGUGGCUGAACUGGGUGCUCACCCCGGGAAUUGCUGGGCUAUGGAAUACAGAUGGGGCAGCUCAGGUAGCCCCACACUGCCUGGAGGAAUACAUCAUGUUUUCCGAUAAGAAGAAAUUAUAGAAGCCAGUUUUUUUUUUUUAACCCCCCCCCAUAAAAAACUGUAAAGAUGCAAAAACGUAAUAUCCAUGAAGAUCCUAUUACCUAGGAAGAUUUCGAUGUUUUGCUGUGAAUGCGGUGUUGGGAUUUAUUUGUUCUUGGAGUGUUCUGCGUGGCUGGCAAAGAAUAAUGUUCCAAAAUCGGUCCAUCUCCCAAGGGGUCCAAUUUUUCUUCCUGGGUGUCAGCGAGCCCUGACUCACUACAGUGCAGCUGACAGGGGCUGUCAUGCAAGUGGCCCCCUAAGCCAAAGCAAAAGACCUAAGGACGACCUUUGAACAAUACAAAGGAUGGGUUUCAAUGUAAUUAGGCUACUGAGCGGAUCAGCUGUAGCACUGGUUAUAGCCCCCACUGUCUUACUGACAAUGCUUUCUUCUGCUGAACGAGGAUGCCCUAAGGGCUGUAGGUGUGAAGGCAAAAUGGUAUAUUGUGAAUCUCAGAAAUUACAGGAGAUACCCUCGAGUAUAUCUGCUGGUUGCUUAGGUUUGUCCCUCCGUUAUAACAGCCUUCAAAAACUUAAGUAUAAUCAAUUUAAAGGGCUCAACCAGCUCACCUGGCUAUACCUUGAUCAUAAUCAUAUCAGCAAUAUUGACGAAAAUGCUUUUAAUGGAAUACGCAGACUCAAAGAGUUGAUUCUGAGUUCCAACAGAAUCUCCUAUUUUCUUAACAAUACCUUCAGACCUGUGACAAAUUUGCGGAACUUGGAUCUGUCCUAUAAUCAGCUGCAUUCUCUGGGAUCUGAGCAGUUUCGGGGCUUGAGGAAGCUGCUGAGUUUACAUUUACGAUCUAAUUCCCUGAGAACCAUCCCUGUGAGAAUAUUUCAAGACUGCCGCAACCUGGAACUUUUGGACCUGGGAUAUAACCGGAUCCGAAGUUUGGCCAGGAAUGUCUUUGCUGGCAUGAUCAGACUCAAAGAACUUCACCUGGAGCACAAUCAAUUUUCCAAGCUAAACCUGGCCCUUUUUCCGAGGCUGGUGAGCCUUCAGAAUCUUUACUUGCAGUGGAAUAAAAUCAGUGUCAUAGGACAGACCAUGUCCUGGACCUGGAGCUCCUUACAAAGGCUUGAUUUAUCAGGCAAUGAGAUCGAAGCUUUCAGUGGACCUAGUGUUUUCCAGUGUGUCCCGAAUCUGCAGCGCCUCAACCUGGAUUCCAACAAGCUCACAUUUAUUGGUCAGGAGAUUUUGGAUUCUUGGAUAUCCCUCAAUGACAUCAGUCUUGCCGGGAAUAUAUGGGAAUGCAGCAGAAAUAUUUGUUCCCUGGUAAACUGGCUAAAAAGUUUUAAAGGUCUGAGAGAGAAUACAAUUAUCUGUGCCAGUCCCAAAGAGCUGCAGGGAGUAAACGUGAUCGACGCAGUGAAGAACUACAGCAUCUGUGGCAAAAGUACCACGGAGAGGUUUGAUCUGGACAGGGCUCUCCCCAAGCCCACGUUUAAGCCCAAGCUCCCCAGGCCCAAGCAUGAGAGCAAGCCCCCCCUGCCCCCGACGGUGGGAGCCACAGAGCCCGGGCCGGAGACCGACGCGGACGCCGAGCACAUCUCCUUCCAUAAAAUCAUCGCGGGGAGCGUGGCCCUCUUCCUGUCGGUGCUCGUCAUCCUGCUGGUGAUCUACGUGUCAUGGAAGCGCUACCCUGCCAGCAUGAAGCAGCUGCAGCAGCGCUCCCUCAUGCGAAGGCACAGGAAAAAGAAACGGCAGUCCCUGAAGCAGAUGACUCCCAGCACCCAGGAAUUCUAUGUCGACUACAAACCCACCAACACCGAGACCAGCGAGAUGCUGCUGAACGGGACGGGACCCUGCACCUAUAGCAAGUCGGGCUCCCGGGAGUGUGAGAUACCUUUAUCAAUGAAUGUGUCAACCUUUCUGGCAUACGACCAGCCCACAAUAAGUUACUGUGGGGUGCAUCAUGAACUCCUCUCUCAUAAGUCCUUUGAAACGAAUGCACAGGAAGACACGAUGGAAACACACCUGGAGACUGAGCUGGACCUGAGCACAAUCACAACAGCUGGCCGAAUCAGUGACCAUAAACAGCAGCUCGCUUAACUGAGCUCGUUGGUAGCCAAGGUUUGCUGCCAAAGUUUGUAACCUCAAGGACAACAUGAGGAAGAUGCAUUCAUUGUGGACGCUAACGACAAAACAACCAAUUCCCUGUUCCAAUAAACAAAAAUCCAAGAUUAAUUCAUGAAAUAAAGAAGACAUGAAUUGUUUUAAGUCUACACUUUGUAAUUAGCUAAGUUGUGCAGUAUUUUUUUGACUUAAACAGAGUAUGACCCUGAAAAAAAAAAAAGAAUCUUUUUUUCAAAACUCAUCCUACCUACCUGUAAAAACUGUACAGAGCUAAUGUAUUUUUCAUAUUGUAAAUUUUCAAUUAUAGAAACAACUGGUCUAUACAGUACCAUAAUUUAAUUACACUUUCCUUUACAAACUUUACGCAUUUCAGUUUCUAAAAUUUCAAAUUAACAAAAAUUAUUUCUUGUGUUCUUCAGAGUUACUCAGUUUUGUAGGGACUGUUUUGUUACUGCUUUUGUGCCCAGAGACCUUGACUCUAAAAUUCUGUGCUGUAAAAAAAACAUGCACGAUUUUUAUGAUGCUUACUGCGUAGAAUUUUAUCUACUUGUUCCAGAAAUAAUACAUUAACCAAAAAGGAUUUAAUUGUUCAGACUUGUAAGAGAUUCUUCAAUUACACAGACAGGUUUUUCUUAUAAAUGGGAAUCAAAGUUUUUUUUUUUUAACAGUUCUUCUCAGACUUAACUGUUGCCUUGAAUUACAGCCUAGUUUCGAAGCAGUGAAAUGUAAUGAUAAAGAGGGAUAUUUUAACAAAGUGUUUCCGAAUGAAUGACUCAUUAUUUCAUUCUUUUGAGCAACCAUUGUCAAAGGUGGGGGGAAGCAUGGACAAAACAUCACUGGAAACAAAGGCCGUAACCACAGCAACAGACUUCCAUACACUUCAAAGGUGCCGCUGCCAGUGACAAAGAAAAACUUUUGUUACAUCUCAUUAUUUGCAGGCCAAGGUGGGAGGCUAGAGCAUAAUAAUUUAUACAUUAGCAUUUUUUCUCCUAAUUAACCCAAAGUGGUUUACCUAAAAAUAACCACCAGUCAAUGCAAAAUGUGCCUGGCUCUUAAGACAAGUUUUCAUUUAGAACUGUGAGAUUAUAUUUGGGGAACAUUUCAAAGGAAAUAGAUGAGAUUUUUGGUAUUGCGUGCUACAUCGAUUCUCUCCUGAGGGAGAACUUUAAACAUCUACAGCUCAUUCAAAAUAAAUAGGAGCAUGAUGGAGAACUUUAUCAUUCAAUUAGACUAUCAAAAUCCUCACUAUGUUCUAAAUUGUUUAUAUUGCCCUCUAUAGUGGAAUUCACCUGCAAAUUAUCUGAGAAAUAACUCAGUGUAAUUUGACACCAGCCCAGCUCCUAUGUUGAUUAUGCAAUUGUAUUAUAACGUUAACACAAAUCAAAUUAAGAAAAUCUGACUUUUCAGAAGGGGUAAUCAUCAAAUUGUUUCUGUUGUUUGAUUGACGUAGGUUAUUGUUUGAAAAUACUGUUACUUUAUGGUAAUCAUGCAUUCUUCUUGGUCUUUUUUUAAAAUAUAAAACUGCAAGUUUCAAUUACUGUUUCACUAGGAGAAGUGCUUUUUAUACAGUUAUUUUAUAUUCAUGACAUAAAAAAUAGAUCAAGGAUCUAUCAAUCUAGUGGGUCAAACACAGUCAAAAACAAUGAGGAAAAGAAUUGUGAAAAGCAAUGUCAAACUUUUAAGUUUUUAAUCUCUUCCAAAGAAAUUAUAUCUACAAAAGUCUAGUCUUAUUCUAGUUCAUUGCAGCAAAUUUAAAAGCAGCUUCAAGAAGAAUCCACUUCCAAACUAUAGGGCAAAUUUUUGUUCAAAAUAUGAAAGUCAGAAAGGGAAAAAGAUGUAAAUGUUGAAAAAAGCAAACUCUAUUACUAAUUCAAAUGAAUAUAAAUAUCAAACACAAUACUUGUGCCAACUAUUUAGCAUCCCACAUUUUGUAACAUAUUUUGCAUAAAUUAUUUGCUAUUCAAAAA